GUCCAGAUGCGGACAAGUGUGCUAAAUCCGGAGGCAACAAACCCGAUUGUAAGAAGUGUUCCAAAGUAUUACUCGAACUUGAGAACAUCGAUGACGAAGCGGACCAACUUGGAAUUGGAUUCGUGAAAAUCAACGACGAGACUCUAGCUGAUGAAUAUAAUCUGGGAACACUGCCAGCGCUCGUCUACUACAGGCAUCAAAUUCCAAUUAUCUACGAAGGAGAACUAACCAAAGAAGAAGAUGUAUUAGAAUGGCUGGUCCAACAUAAGAGUACAGGAGAUGAAGAUGAUAUCAUUGAAGAUGUUACUUUGAAAACUCUUACUACCUUGAUUUCUAGUGUCGAUCAUUUGGCUGUUUUGUUCUAUGACAAGAACCAGAAGAAGAGUCAAAAAGUUUUGGUGGAAUUGGAGAAUAUUGAUGACGAAUGUGACCAGAACAACAUAGUUUUUGUGAAAAUCGAUAAUCCAGACGAAGCCAAAGAAUACGGAAUCGACGUCAUCCCUAGUUUGGUAUUAUUCGAGAAAAAAAUUCCUCAUUUGUAUGAGGGAGAUUUGACCAAAGAGGAAGAAUUGCUCGGAUGGCUCCUACACCAGAAAAGACAUAGUGAAAUACCAGACAUCACUGAUGAAAUGAUGGACUUACUUAUUGAUUCGCAGAAGUAUCUAGCAGUACUAUUCUAUGACAAAGACGACAAACAAGACAUCAGAGUCCUGAAUGAGCUCGAAAACAUUGACGAUGAUUUGGAAAAAGAAGGAAUAGUCAUAGUGAGGAUAGACAAUGAUGCUGAAGCUAAAGAAUUCGGUAUAGAUCAUCUACCUACCCUGGUUUAUUUCGAAGAUAAGAUCCCGUCCAUCUACGAAGGCGACCUAAUGAACGAAGAGGAAGUUCUCAAAUGGCUCAUAGAACAAAAACAAACGGCGACGAUUGAAGAGGUUACAGACGAGAUCCUCGAAGACCUCAUUCAAGAGCACGAAUACGUCGUUGUCUACUUCAGCGGUAACUGUGAGGAAGGACAAGAAUGUGAUGACAUCUUACGCGAUCUGGAAAACAUCGACGAUGAACUAGAUGAAAACGGUAUCAUCUUCGUAACCACGGAGGACUUGGUUGUUGCUAAAAAGUACGGAAUCAAGAGUUUCCCGAAAUUGGUUUUCUUCAGGAACAAAGAUCCGCUUGUUUACACCGGAGACUUAGAGGAUGAAGAUGAGGUUCUAGCUUGGUUGACAGACGAGAACACUUUGGAAAUACCUGACCGAAUAGAGGAAGUCAAUUCGAAGAUGUUGGAUAAAAUACUGAGCGAAAAUGAGCAUGUCGUCGUUUACUUCUACAAAGAGGGUGACAAACGAUCCCAAAAAAUCUUACAAGAGCUCGAAAACAUCGACGACGAAUGUGAAGAUAAAGAUAUUGAUUUCGUCAAAAUAUCCGACGAAGGAAUACAGAAAGAGUACGAUUUGCCAUCUCUGCCUGCGGUAGUGUUCUACAGAAAUAGAUUCAGAGAAAUAUACACUGGAGAUCUGAUGCACGAAGAAGCUAUUCUAGAUUGGAUUCUGAAACUACGAGAAUCCGAUCCAGACAUCAUAGAGAACGUUGACAGAAAAACUUUACAGGUACUCAUAAACGACGUCGAACACUUAGCCGUUCUCUUCUACAGCAAUGAAUGUGAAGAAUGCAGUGAAAUUCUGGAAGAAUUAGAAACUAUCGACGACGAUACGGACAAACACGGUAUACAAUUCGUGAAAUCUAUGGAUGCCAAACUGGCCUCCGAAAUAGGAAUUUUCAGCUUUCCGGCUUUGGUCUACUACGAAACGGGAGUGCCAAUCAUGUAUGACGGGAACCUUAAAAAUGAGGACAGAGUUUUGGAAUGGCUAGUUGAACAAAAAAGGGAUGGCUGUUUCUACAUCGGCAUGGGGGGCAAGGGACAGCUCCCGAACCCGUCCUACCAACCGUACCAGUGCUGCCCAAAACCACCAAUGAAGGCCAGCAAAAUUGCCAAACUCCAGCCGAAGCUGACCGCCAAGCAGGUGACAUCGAAACCGUCCACGCCGAAACCCUCUAAAAAAUCUGAACCGGCUCCGCUGAAAAUGGUUUCGAAAGCCAACCACCCCAUCAAGACCAAGGAGGGAAGGGAAAAGAACCCGGCGCCUGUGCCCAAGGGAGAGAAAGGGAAAGGCAAGAAGGGAUUUUUCGGGACUGGUAAAUAUAUCUGGUGGUGGUAAUAGGUAACGGACACUAAUCCUGAAAUUUUCCAUGGCGAAGCGUGAACUCGAUGGUGAGGGUUGUAUGUGACCUCUGGCAAUCCAAGUGUAACCUACUCUUCGACUACAAACUGCUGUUGUUAUGGCUUUUGAGUGACUUAAUCAUAUAUUGGAUAACUGACUACAUUUUCAUUUCACUGUUGACUCAAUAUUUUUUCGAGAGGCAUAUACUUCAAUACAAUCGGAGUUUUCAAACGGGUUCACUAUUUGAUUAUCUCUCAUUAUAAUGGAAAGAGAACUCAACUCAUACUAUUUUUUAACGUCAUGUUUUCAACCAUUGAACUUGACUUUCUUUUGAUGAAUUCUUCAAAAGGAUAUCUAAUUUCUAAUUUGAAUUUCUCUCACUUAGAUAUAUUCACUUACAGUGUGGAAAAGGCUUUAUGUUAUUCUUCAAAUUCGUUUCGAUUUUAAUUGUUUUUUUUUUUCAAUGUUCAAUUAUUUUCAUCUGUGAAAUUAUAAAACAAUGAUAAAAAUAAAAACAACAAUAGAAAUUAAUUGGCGCUCCGGGGCGACUCCAUUGCUUCCAGUGGCGCAUUUGCUUUUCCAGCUGCAGGAAAACCCAGAAAAACCUGCAGAAUCACAUCAUCUGAAGAUCUAGAUCUGCCAAUGUUACAAUUUACCAUGAAAGACCAUAUCGAAUACGAUUCCAUUUGUAACACAUGUAUUUAUUCUGGGUUGGCUACAUUGUUUUUUGUCACCAGUGUCAGUUGUCAUGAUAAUUGUUCACACCAUUACUUCUAUAGAAUAUUGAGAGUACUAAAUGGAAAAUGAAUACAAUGAAAACAGCAAAUAAAACUCAAAAAACAAUAUGAACAUCAACUACAUAUAACAGUUGAUACUGACGAUGAAUACACAGAGUAAAAUGGCUAUACAGCAAAUAAAACAUCAUCUACAUAUUGCCAAAUAUGUAUAAACCUUCAAAAAUAUUGAGGGAGGUCAAGAUCAUUAAGAUGCAGUAUUCAGAAAUUCAUUGGAGUAUCCAUUGAUCAUCAGCAAUGCAGCACAUCUUCUCUUCAAUCCUACUGACACUGAUGACAAAUACACAGAGUAGCCAACAUAGAAAAAAUACAUGUGCUCCAAAUGAUGGUCAUUUUUUCUAGACAUCAGGUUAUGCCCAACUUUAUCCAUAAAUCUUCCAAUGUGAUCUAUUUUUGGAAUGAUGUGCUGAAAAUAAGAAUAUUACCAAAGCUCUCAAAGCUCACAGUAGAUAUCUAAUAGAAUAUUUUUAUCAGCGACAGUAUUGAGUGCUGUACACAGUUUUCAAAUCCAAAGAUUUGCUCCUCGAUUCUACCCACAUCGAAUUGAAAACCAUUUUCAACCUCUCGAUCGCAAAGUAUCGCAGCUAUUCUAACGAUAUCUCUUAUCAUUCGAACAACACAGAAUUAUUUUGUUCUCCUGAAAAUCAUUUUUUUUUUAUAAAGAAGUCAUUGUCAGAUCGUCAAGGCAAAAUGAAGUUAUAUGAUGACACUGUUCAAACAAAUGUAUCACGAGUAUGACAAAAAAAACAUUCAGUUGGAAUAACAAAAUGAAGGUUCGCCUAAUAGGAAAUUCAUAUAAUUUUUUCGUUUGAAGCUCUGUUUUGUUCAUCAUUUCCGAAAGUUUUUUUUUAAGAUUACAGAUUUUCUCAAUAUUUUCUUUAACUAUUCAAAAGUUACUAUAAUCAUACACAAUUCUUUCUUAUUCAAUACUGUGUUUCACUAUUACCAAACACUCUUUUCUGGCAGUCCUGCAAUAUUCAUGGAAAAAUGCAUCGGUGUAAUAAAACCAUUUACCAUUGUAAACUGUCAACAACUGACACCAGUUACCGAUAAACGAAUGAACUAACAGAAGGAAUAAAUAAAACAAAUGAAAUAGAAUGACGAUGAAAUUAACAAAUGAAAAUUAGCGAACAAGAUAAUAAUAAUAUUUUCAUCGCUAUUCCAACCAGAUACAUUUCUCAAUGCAUAUCAAAAACAUACUUCUCUAGCUAAUACCACCACGGGCAUUGAAUUGAAUAAAACUUUGGUUUGUAUAAAAGAACUAUAUUUAAUACUGAAAAUUAUUCAUGUAAAUGACAGAAAAUCAAAUAACCCGUAUCAUCCUCGUUUAGCUGAUAUAUCAGUUCUUAAUAUUCUCAGUAUAUGCCUCCAAACAUGAUUUACACCAACCAUAUUUCACUCGUACCUACCAAAUUGAAUUCAAUCACUUUUCAGCAAAAUCAAACAAACUCAUUUUCAUACAAACUCAUUUCAUAUGUGGAAGAUUUAUUGUUGAUUGAAUUUGAAUGGCGUAAGAGAAAAAAUCAAACUCGAUCAAAUAAAUUUUGGUUGGUAAAACGGCCUCUUGAAUCAUAGUCUAGGUCCUAGCUUUUUUAUUGUUUUAGACUAGCUUGAACUUGUAAAUAUUGUUGAUAAUAUUGUUAUUGCCUAUUGGAUAUGUAGCUUUUUGAUAGCAUGUAUUAUAUAUGUAAAUAAAAGUAACUAAAAAAAUUGUCGCCCCGAAUUCACCUACAUCACAGAUGGCUUUACGUGUUUGCAUGAUCCGUUUUACGGUUGAUCUUUUUUCCACCUUAUUUUUCUGAUUUAGUUGCAUUCGGGUACGAUGAACACUGCCGCACACCUCGCAUGUUCAAAAUCAACAACACUGUACAUUUUCUUGAACAAAUAAAUUGUUAUCUACUGUUUA